AUGAACACUAGUGAACAAACCGUCGAUCGACCAUUUGUUACUACCGAUGGAAAAAUAUGGCCAGCAAAUGUUUUUGUACCUUGUAAAAGAUACUAUUGUAUUAAAUAUACUAAAGAAAUGCUUGUAUCGAAAAUUACCGAGAAAUGUUUAAAGCCUGAUGAUGGGAAUUUUAUUGAUUUGUGGGUAUUGACUAGAAUUAAUCAUUGGGAUCAUGAAAUAGAGACCACUGUUUGUUUAACCGAUAAAUAUUUAAUGCUUAUAAGCUUUAAUUUUAUCAAUGAAGAUUGUACUUCAAAACGUGUUCUGUUACAAUCCAUUAAAACCAUACGUGUUGGAAAUUUAAUUCAACCAAAUUGGUCUGCAUUACCCCAGCGUAACUAUGGUGGUGUUCAAAUAAUUUGGGGUGAAUUGGAACAAACAAAAUGGAUUGAUCGUUGGAAUCCAAUAUCUCAAGAUGUUCCAAUGGUUAUUUUACAUCAUCAUCCUUGUUUUUAUUCACCGGAUCCAUUGUCAGACAAAGAUAUGUACAACUGUGAUCUAGCCAUUUCAGCUAUUUCUAAGUCUUUGUCUAAAUAUGACAUUCAAGUUGAAUAUGCCAAUAUUCAUUUAAAUUCACAUAUCAAUUUCUUUACAAUUAUUUACAAUCAAAGUAAUCUAGGUUUUUGCAAAGAUCGAAAUGGUGUUAGUUUUUAA